UAGUCACCAAAGAGUCCAAAUCAAUGGUCCAAGGGUUCACAAGAAAAUAAUUGGCAUAAACUACAGUAUAGUAAAAGUUAAAACUCUGAUUUUGAAAGCUACUGAUGAAGAACUGUGUUUCUAAACCAGGAAGAAAAGUCAUUAGUGUUCAUACAAUAAAUCCUCUUCACUCAGUAACACAAAGUGUGAAAACCAUAAACAAAUAAUACAAUAUGCAAAUUCUCUAUCUUCUCUCUUUCUUCCUCUUCUUCCUCACAUAUGCAGCAUCUCAGUCUUUGUAUGAACAAGAACAUGCAGUGUUGUUAAAGAUAAAGCAAUACUUUCAAAAUCCACCAAUCCUCAGUGACUGGACCUCAAACACUUCACACUGCCAAUGGCCAGAGAUAACUUGCACCAAUGGUUCUGUCACUUCACUAUCCAUGAUCAACUUCAACAUAACUCAAACACUUCCACCUUUCAUGUGUUCACUAAAAAGCCUCAAACACAUUGAUUUUCAGUUUAACUAUAUCCCUGGUGAGUUCCCAAGGUUCCUCUAUGGAUGCUCCAAUCUUGAGUACCUUGAUCUCUCAGGGAACUACCUUGUUGGUGAGAUUCCUCAUGACAUAGACAGGUUGGCAAGGUUGAAGUUUCUUAACCUUGGGGCCAACAAUUUCUCUGGGGACAUUCCAGGUAGCAUUGGGAAUCUCAAAGAGCUGAGGAAUCUUCAACUUCAUAUGUGUCUCUUCAAUGGUACUUUCCCUGAUGAAAUUGGCAACUUGUCAAACCUUGAAACCUUGUAUAUGUUCACAAACAUCAUGCUCCCUCAAACAAAGUUGCCAUCAAGCUUGACCAAGUUGAAGAAUCUGAAAGUCUUUAGGAUGAAUGAUGCCAACUUGGUUGGUGAAAUCCCUGAAUCCAUUGGAGAAAUGGUGAAUUUGGUGGAGUUGGAUUUAGCACAAAACAAUCUGAGAGGAGAAAUUCCAAGUGAUUUGUUCAAGCUGAAGAAUCUGAGCUUGCUUUAUCUUUUCAAAAACCAGCUUUCUGGAGUGAUACCUGGAGUUGUUGAAGCAUUCAACUUGACAAUGUUGGAAAUUUCAGAAAACAAUCUCACUGGGACAAUACCGAAUGAUUUCGGAAAGCUCAAAAGUUUGACUCAGUUGUGCUUGCAAAUGAAUCAAUUAUCUGGUGAUGUACCAGAAAGCAUUGGUACUUUGCCAUCUUUGACAGAUUUCAUCGUUUUCCAAAACAACUUAUCAGGUAAUCUUCCUAAAGACUUCGGCCGCUUCUCGAAUCUUGAAACUUUCCAGGUUGCAUCUAAUAGUUUUACAGGAAGGCUUCCAGAGAAUUUGUGCUAUAAUGGAAUGUUAGUUGGUUUAACUGCUUAUGACAAUAACCUGAGUGGUGAGUUGCCAGAAUCUCUAGGAAAUUGCAAUACCCUGCAAUAUCUGAGAGUUGACAAGAACAACCUUUCUGGCAACAUUCCUAGUGGCCUGUGGACUUCCAGGAACUUGUCGACGUUUAUGAUAAACGAAAACAAGUUCACUGGUCAGCUUCCUGAAAGAUUUCCUAACAAUCUUUCAACAUUGGCCUUAAGUUAUAAUCAGUUUUUUGGAAGAAUCCCAGAUAGAGUGUCUUCGUUGAAGAAUUUAGUUGUGUUCAAUGCAAGUAACAACUUCUUCAAUGGAAGUAUUCCAAAGGGGCUAACAGAGCUUCCACAAAUAACAACUCUUUUGCUCGAUCGGAACCAGCUCAUAGGGCCACUUCCAUCAGAUAUAGUUUCAUGGAAGUACCUAGUAACUCUGAAUUUGAGCCAUAAUCAAAUCUCUGGAGAAAUUCCAGAUGCAAUUGGCAAGUUACCUACAUUAAAUGUGUUGGACUUGUCAGAAAACAAGAUCUCCGGGCAAAUUCCACCACAAAUUGCACAGAUGAGGCCUACCAAUCUCAAUUUGUCCUCAAAUCUUUUGACAGGGAGGGUUCCAAGUGAGCUUGAAAACAUUGCUUAUGCUACAAGCUUCUUGAACAAUCCUGGUUUAUGUGCUGAUACUUCAGUGCUAGACCUUUCCUUGUGCAGGUCUAGCACUCGAAAAACAAAGACUAGUUCACCUUUAUCUCAUGCUAUGCUUGUGAAACUGCUGGUAGCAGCCUCCUUACUAGCUUUCUUGUCAGUACUCUUGUUGAUUGUAUUUUAUAGGAAAAGGCAGCGAGAAUUGCGAAAGUCGUGGAAACUCACUUCCUUUCAGAGACUGAGCUUCACGAAAUCAAACAUUGUGUCUUCAAUGACAGAAGAAAAUAUUGUAGGCCGGGGUGGAUAUGGUGCAGUAUACCGUGUUGCCAUCGAAGGUUUAGGCCAUGUUGCUGUGAAAAAGAUAAGGAACAGCAGGAAAUUAGAGCCGAAACUCGAGAGUUCAUUCCUUGCAGAGGUUGAAAUACUGAGCAAUAUUAGGCAUACCAAUAUUGUCAAGUUGCUAUGCUGCAUCUCAAGUGAGGAUUCUCUGCUCCUUGUCUAUGAGUAUCUUGAGAAUCACAGCCUUGACAGAUGGCUGCACAAGAAGAGUAAGUCACCAUCAGGACAUUAUGAUAUCCUUGAUUGGCCAAAGAGAUUGCAUAUAGCCAUUGGAGCUGCUCAAGGUUUGUGCUACAUGCACCAUGACUGCUUGCCCCCGGUUGUUCAUCGAGAUGUGAAGUCAAGUAACAUUCUGUUGGAUUCUGAUUUCAAUGCAAAAGUUGCUGAUUUUGGUCUGGCAAAGAUGUUGGUCGACCCGGAAGAUGUUGCGACCAUGUCCUCAGCCGUAGCCGGCACAUUCGGCUACAUUGCUCCAGAGUAUGCUCAAACAACAAGAGUCAAUGAGAAGAUAGAUGUCUAUAGUUUUGGAGUUAUCCUUUUGGAACUAACAACCGGAAGAGAAGCAAAUCAAGGAGAAGAUGAGUACUUGUCUCUGGCCGGAUGGGCGUCACAGCUUGUCGCUUUAGGAAGUAACAUAGAAGAUGUUCUGGAUGAAGAUGUUAAAGAACCAAGUAACUUGGAAGAAAUGUGCAGCAUCUUCGAACUCGGGGUCAAGUGCACUGCACCAUCGCCAGCUAGUAGACCUUCCAUGAAGGAGGUUCUAAAAACAUUGCAAAGCUUCAGUGGUCCAUUUGCCAAAGUAGAGAAGAAUGUUGGUUACUAUGAUGCUGCUCCCCUUCUUAAGCAUGAAAAAUGGGAAAAGCAGAUAUAUUGAUAGGUGGUAAUGAAUAAUGACAGCAAGGUAGAUAGGCAACCCAAUUUUGAGUACCCUCUCUAAAUAGUCUUCCCUCCAUUCUAUUUUAUCUGUCGCUGGAGAGUUUCACAGCGACAGAUAAAAGGGAACGGAAGGAAAAUGCAGAAAGGUUAAUAAAAUGUCUCCUAAAAAGGCUUGUUUUGAAGUCAACAUAAGUCAGUGAAGCUUAUAGGACAUCUACAUUAUGACUACAUGGAAGUGAGCAUGAAAUCAGCUCAAACAAGCAGUAGUUACAAGUAGGGGAUCACUAGUAGUAGAAAUGAUUACAUAGUUAUGUAGCUUCAUCUAAUUAGACAAACCUUGUUGCUUGUGUUUACUUGUAUAAAAUGAUGUCGGAUUUUCUUUCUA